UCCGACCCAGCCAACUUCCCGCUCUGCAUCGUGCAUCGGGACCACGAUCGACGAUUUUGACAGAAACCUCCAGUGAUCUCUCCAAAACCAGCUUCAUACUGUCACGAUCGAGGAGGAGCGCUCCCGCACCGACAAAAUGACGACUAUGGAUCUUCGCGUCGGGAACAAGUACCGGAUCGGCCGCAAGAUCGGUUCCGGCUCGUUCGGAGACAUCUACCUCGGAACUAACAUCAUCUCGGGCGAGGAGAUCGCCAUCAAGCUCGAGAGCGUCAAGGCCAAGCACCCGCAGCUCGAGUACGAGGCUCGCGUCUACAAGUCGCUCGCUGGCGGCGUCGGCAUCCCGUUCGUUCGCUGGUUUGGCACCGAGUGCGAUUACAAUGCCAUGGUCCUCGACCUCCUGGGACCUAGCUUGGAGGAUCUGUUCAACUUCUGCAACCGCAAGUUCUCGCUGAAGACGGUCCUGCUGCUCGCCGACCAGCUGAUCUCGCGUAUCGAGUACAUCCACGCCAAGUCGUUCAUCCACCGUGACAUCAAGCCCGACAACUUCCUGAUGGGCAUCGGCAAGCGUGGCAACCAGGUCAACGUCAUCGACUUCGGUCUCGCCAAGAAGUACCGCGACCCGAAGACGCACUUCCACAUCCCGUACAGAGAGAACAAGAACCUGACGGGCACGGCCCGCUAUGCUUCGAUCAACACCCACCUUGGUGUCGAGCAGUCCCGGCGUGAUGACAUGGAGUCGCUGGGCUACGUUAUGCUCUACUUCUGCCGUGGCUCGCUCCCGUGGCAGGGUCUGAAGGCUGCCACCAAGAAGCAGAAGUACGACCGCAUCAUGGAGAAGAAGAUGACGACGCCCACCGACGUCCUCUGCCGCGGCUUCCCCAAUGAGUUCGCCAUUUACCUGAACUACACCCGGUCGCUCCGCUUCGACGACAAGCCCGACUACAGCUACCUGCGCAAGAUCUUCCGCGACCUGUUUGUGCGCGAGGGCUUCCAGUAUGACUACGUCUUCGACUGGACCGUCUACAAAUACCAGAAGAACGCGCAGGCCAUCCAGCAGGCGGCCGGCAACACCACCAACCAGGCGGUCCAGGACCAAAAGGAUUCGCAGCAGGCGUCUGCCCGCAAGGAGGCGCAGCAGGCUCUGCCCCGCGGGGCCAGGAAGCAGCUUACCGCAGAUGCCCAGGACACCAACCGUGCCGUCGGUGGGAGCGACAGGAUGUGAGUGACUACCAAGCCUAGCCCAACAGCAUUCCUAGUAAG